GUUCGUCGACAACCGGUCAAUCCAGACCUAACUGCCUGCCAGCGGGCGUGCCAUUCUUUCACAGCUAACCUACAGUCAUUCUUUUGUGCCCCGACCAUAAGUCACUCUUUCCAGCCUUGUGCGUUAUCCAGGCGUUAGUGUCAAGACGACGAUUUCGUAGAAUAGAUUCCGGUCCCGCUAUAUUUGCAAUUUUCGAAAUCAAGGAAUUGCUGUUCCUGGCUCGUCCUUCGACCUCGACAACACAGUGUUAGGCGGCGUGGCACGAUAUAUCAAAACCGAUGUUUUAGGAACCGACCAAUUUUUCGACUUUAAAAUCUAGUUGUAGGACGGGGUUGGAUUCAGAGAAGGAAUCAAGUUGGAGUAGUUGACGCGAUGACGGGGCGUCAUUUCCAUCAAGCUCGUGGCCACGGUCACGGCCAUGGCCACCAUCACUUUCAUUCACGGGCAUUGCAUAUCGAGACGGAUCAGCCAGUCCAGCUGGAGACAAGGGAAGCAAUGGCCGAACACGGAUCUCUUUGGGCCGACACCAUUUCCCGAAUUGUUCCUAGGGAAAACAAUCUUGACGAGAAGCCAGUUGGCGGUACCACGACCGUUCCGAUCAUUCUUGGUGUCUGCAUCCCGCUAGGACUUGCGAUCAUUGUCCUAGUUUAUUUGCAUCACCGGACUACGGUUAGGCAGAGGAGAGAAGAUGAGACGGACAAGUACAAGUCGAUGGACUUUGGUUUCGAGGGCAACGUGGUCGUCAAGAAAAAUAAGGGACAGAGCUACUUUGCAAAGGAGAAGGAUGGAAAUCACAAGAUGCAGCUCUCCAUGGAUAUGAACCUGUCCAGUCCUUAUUUACUCCCGCCAGCGUUGCACCAGUCUCGAGAAUCCAUGAACUCUCUUGCGAAGAGCCUUCACCAAGAUGAUCCGUACCGACCUGUUACCAGUUACGGCGGUAGUGAGGUUGGGUCUUUGCGUUCCUUCAAUAAGGGACUCGAUAGGGAUUCUACCGUAUCAUCUGGAAAGACACGCGCUAGCAGCGACCGUGAUCCGUUCAGAAACCCGCCUCCUCCUCGCCGGGGACCGUCUCCUCUUCAACAAUUGCCUCCCGUUGCCCAGCCACCGUCGCGUCGUACUUCUGCUGAAGAAGUGCCCACUCCAGCAAAAAAUGAGUUCCGUUUCACAGAUGAUAAUAUCACUCUCCCUGGAGUACCCGAGAUUCAAGAACCUCCGGCAGCAGCUUCUCAGGGUCCCCAUAAUGCUCGACCUCUUUCAAAUGAAUCCAUGGACGCGAAUAAGGCGAAUAUCGCCGGACCCGCUCCUGUUAUUGAUGCUCGUAUUUCCCAAAGUUCGGCGGAUCUAUCAGGUGCGAGACCGCCUCGGAAGGAGUCCCUGCCUGCUGGACUGGACAUUGCUCAAGACUACCAGAAUUAUGCGGGUCAUUUCCAAGUUGAUGGGCCUGACCAUGAAAUGGCUAAAGUGGAAAUUGACAUGCCGCAUAUGCCAGAAGAGCACGAUUACCCACACUCGGCUGGCUUGGGCGUACCAGGACAGGACAACCGGAGGUUGUCUGUUGGAUUCCGUCCUCUACCUCCUGAGGACUUCCUUGACUCCGAGGACCCUGAGUUCAGAGCCAACAGGAUUAGAUCUUUCUAUAAAGAGUACUUUGAGGAGAUCAAGACGGAUAACGGAAAGCCCCCACCACUCCCGCAGCAGCAGCAGCCUGCUUAUCAUGAAGACUACGACGCCAACUACCUCGGUGAUACUGCAUUCUUCGAUCCCGACACCAAUGCAUUUGUUAUGCCGUAUGCUCAGCCUGUGACUCGUCGUGCUAUGACUCCGCCUCCAAGCAAUAGACGACCUAUGCCUGGACCCGGACCACGAGGACCCCCUGGACCGCGUGGCCCUCCUGGACGCUUCCCUCACGGAAGCAUGGAUAUGCCUGGUCCUCGUAGGCCCAGAGCCGGCUCGACGAUGUCUGCCAGCAGAUGGGCGGCAAUGAGCCCUCGCCCUGAUUCAUCAGCUUCCAACCCGCGCAACUUCAACACGAAACCCCGAAAGCCAAUGCCCCCUCCUGCUGCGCUGAACACGUUACCCACGCCCUCCAAGCUAAGGGAUGAUUCGAUGGCUCUAUUUGGCUCUGUCGACUUCGCGCCUCCCCCUACCUUUAAGGAUGUAGCGGCUGGCCGGUCCCAGAGCCCCGUUGGUGAGCGUAAGCCUUACAUGCUGAACACUCCCAUCCACUCGCCGCUCGUGAGUGCUUUCGACGAGACUCCUGCGUUACCUAGCCCUCAUCUACUCCGUAAAUCAGGAACAUUCACUGCUCUCGAUUUCGCUCCCCCGCGUCGGUUUAAGGACCCCGACUCGAUGAGCGAGACUGGCAGUGUCGUCAGCAACCGUAGCGGUAUAUCGUCUGCUAAUCUCAGCGCUAUCCGUGCCGGUGCCGGCAGAGUCAGUCGUCUUCCCGGAGACACUGUGUUCACUCAAGCAGCAAUGACCGACAACCUGAAGCCAUCGUGGAACAUGAGGACUUAAGGCGAGUUGGUCAAUCUGACGUAGGCUUGACAUACCAAAUACGGCAAGGCUUCAGCCGUCUUGUAUAUCUCUGAAGAAACACAUAUGUACUGUUAAUGCCCUUUUUAUAUUCUUCCAUCCGGGAGGAGGUAAUUUGGAAACCAAAUCAUGACCGGCGAAGCAUCUAACCUUGCAUGGGAACACAUUAUAGAAGGAUCGGUGCAGUUUAUUUUUACCGUGAGUGAGGUAAAACUAGGGAUUUUUUGCUUAUUAGGUAUUUUUUGAACAGAAUAAAACCAGGUUGGUUUGAAUGGAGUGUUGAGCGUUGCGUGUGAAUUAUUGUAUGGAUCCCCCUUGCUGUAAAGUUCGUCUUUUUUGCCUUGUACCAUAGCGUGUUCUUAAUAAGGUUCUCUUCUUUGUUUGAGUUUGCGGAAAAGGGGAAGCUUCCGUGGCAGUGAUGAUGUUUUUGAUGUUCUCGAAGAGGUAUGGAUGCAAUGCUUUGGCUUUUUUGUUACUGUGUCGUUGAUGCUUCUUCUCCGGAAAUGAUUGGGCGUGUAACUGGAAAGUUGUCAUUAUCUUGAAUACAGUAUUUGCUGAAGAAUA